ACACACACACACCCACACAACCACCGACGGUUUUGUUACAUUUUUUAACCACAACAACCACCGUACAAGUCAACAUCUCUAACAAAUAUAUAAAAACACACAUCUCGAUUACCCAAAAAUCUCGACCCGCCAUAUUCGCCGACACUUCCCGUUAUGGCAUCCGCAAUAACUAAAUAUUUCAUCCUCUUCAUCUUGUUCACCACCACCGUCACCGUCGCCGUCGCCGCAAUCGGUGCCGCCGCUCAGAUCAACUCCAACUCAGUCUUGGUGGCACUACUGGACUCGCGCUACACUGAGUUGGCCGAGCUUGUAGAGAAGGCAUUAUUGUUGCAAACAUUGGAAGAUGCGGUGUCCGGACAAAACAUUACUAUUUUCGCUCCGCGAAAUGAAGCGUUGGAGCGUGAUCUGGACCCGGAGUUCAAGCGGUUCUUGUUAGAACCGCGGAAUCUCCAGGCUCUUCAGACGCUGAUUCUCCACCACAUCGUGCCAGCACGAGUUGGUGGAGAACAGUGGCCGAAUGAAACGACACCGCAUAACACGCUAUCUAACGAUGCGUUACAUAUUUCGAGUUUGGAAACCGUGAGGCUUGUUGGUACCGCGGAAGUUGUUCGUGCGGACGACGUCGUUCGCAAUGAUGGGAUUAUUCACGGGAUUGGUCGGUUAUUGAUUCCGAAAUCUGUACAACAGGAGUUUAAUGGUCGUCGGAGUUUACGUGCGAUUUCGGCGGUUAAACCGGAAGGAGCACCGGAGGUGGAUCCGAGAACGAACCGGUUGAAGAAACCGGUGCCCGUUCCGGUUGGUUCACCUCCGGUUCUUCCGAUUUACUCUGCUAUGGCGCCAGGACCGUCUCUUGCUCCGGCGCCAGCUCCAGGACCGGGUGGUCCACGUCAUCAUUUUGACGGUGAGAGCCAGGUCAAGGACUUCAUCCACACUCUUCUACAAUAUGGAGGGUACAAUGAAAUGGCGGACAUUUUGGUCAACUUGACUAAUUUGGCAACGGAGAUGGGGAAACUAGUAUCCGAAGGUUACGUACUAACGGUUCUGGCGCCAAACGACGAGGCGAUGGCGAAGCUGACAACUGAUCAGCUGGCAGAGCCAGGCGCGCCCGAGAAGAUCAUGUACUACCAUAUCGUACCAGAGUACCAAACCGAAGAGAGCAUGUACAAUGCGGUAAGAAGAUUCGGUAAGGUUCAAUACGACACGCUUCAUGUGCCGCAUAAGGUGGUGGCGCAAGAAGCGGACGGCUCCGUUAAAUUUGGUGACGGUGAAGAAACUGCGUAUUUAUUCGAUCCGGAUAUUUAUAUUGACGGAAGAAUAUCGGUUCAAGGGAUUGACGGCGUUUUGUUUCCGUCAUCGGUUGAGAUGAGUUCGCAGAUGACGGAGAGUGCAAAAACUGUUGCUUCUGUUAACACCGUUUCCAAACCUCGUAGAGGAAAGUUGCUAGAGGUGGCAUGUAGAAUGCUUGUUAGCUUUGGGCAAGAUUCAAGGUUCACCACAUGCCAUCAUACUUGAUCAUCCAAAACUUCAUAGCAAGAGAAGGGAUUGUUUAAACUUUAAAGAUAUAAAACCCCAAUGGUAGAUAAAUGUUUGCAAAAGAAGGAUGAUGGGUUUGGAAGGAUCCUCAAAGAUAUGGCUUUUGGAGUGUCAUUAGUGUCUUUUUUUCUUUUUGUAAUUGGGAGAAAGGUAAAGGGUAGAAACGUCAUUUAAAGUGGGAUCCGGUUGAGAUUUUUUGGAAAUAAGUAUAAGUCAGAAUAAUAUGAGGUGUGUAUUGCUGGCAUAAAGCGGUGGGGAGUUAUAUAUAGUGUGUUUGUACGUGUAGGUUGGUCAAAGAACAACCUACCACUUGGAGCUUUGAAAUUAUGACCACUAAAUCAUGCCCACAAAUUUAUUCUGAAUUAAAUUAAAUGAUACUAUUAAUAUACUACUAUUUCAUAUAA